AACUCCGCGUCGCGCAGCCGAGCCCAGCGGGUCCCACAACCUUAAGUUUAUCCAGAGAUUUUUUAGUGAUUAAUUAACAAUGGGAUGGAAGCCGCCCAGAUAUUUUCUCGGAUUAACGGCCUUCGGGUCAUUUGCUGGAGGAAUCGUCUUGUUCAAGGAAGUGCUUGGCGGAGGGAAUUACCGAGGGGCUGAGAGUCUAGAAGGAAAAACCGUCAUCGUCACGGGCGCAAACACGGGAAUCGGAAAGGAAACGGCAACUGAGAUGGCCAGGAGAGGUGCCAGGGUCAUUAUGGCGUGUAGAGAUAUGGAGAAGUGUAAAGAGGCAAGGAAGGAAGUCGCAUUAGCAACAUUCAACAAAUCGUUAUACUGCCAGGAGUGUGACCUUGCUUCUCAGGAGUCCAUCAGAAAAUUUGCAGAGAGAAUUCAGAAAAAGGAGGACCAAGUGAACAUAUUGAUAAACAACGCUGGAGUGAUGCGGUGUAAGAAAUCCUUCACGGAGGAGGGCAUAGAACUGCAAUUAGGGACGAAUCACAUGGGCCAUUUCCUCCUAACGAACUUGCUUCUGGACAAGCUCAAGGCCUCUGCACCCAGUCGCAUUAUAAAUGUGUCUAGUGUCGCACACAUGAGAGGUAGCAUCAAAUUUGACGAUUUGAAUAGUGAAAAGAACUAUGAUGAAGGGGACGCUUAUGCGCAAAGCAAACUCGCCAAUAUUCUCUUCACUCAGGAAUUAGCUGAGAGAUUACAAGGCACUGGGGUAACAUGCAAUGCUGUCCACCCAGGAAUUGUCCUAACAGAGAUUGGUAGACACAUGAGCAUACAUAAAAGCUGGAUCGCAGCCAUGUUCUUAAAGCCUCUGCUUUGGCUGUUCUUGAAGACUCCUCGCCAGGGAGCUCAAACCACCAUCUAUGCAGCUCUUAGCUCUGACCUGGAAGGAGUCAGCGGGAAAUAUUUUAGCAACCAGAAGGAGGCAACCGUCUCAGAGGCAGCAAAGGACAAGGAAGCUGCCAAACGGUUAUGGGCCAUCAGUGAACGCUGGACGAGGCUUACUUAAUGCUUGUUUAGCCUUAUCUUAUCAGUGGUCUUUGUAAACUAUUGUAUAUUGUAAAUAGAAUGUGGGAGAAUUUGAAAGAAAA